AUGUCUUUUAACUAUUUAUUUGUAACUCUGUUUCUCUCCCGCUCUCUCUCUCUCUCCACACCUUACUCUGUUUCACUCUCUCUCUCCACACCUUACUCUGUUUCACUCUCUCUCUCCACACCUUACUCUUUUCUCUCUCUCUCCACACCUUCUGUUUCUCUCUCUCUCCACACCUUACUCUGUUUCACUCUCUCUCUCCACACCUUACUCUGUUUCACUCUCUCUCUCCACACCUUACUCUGUUUCUCUCUCUCUCUCCACACCUUACUCUGUUUCACUCUCUCUCUCUCUGUUUCCUCUCUCUCUCUCACACCUUCUCUGUUUCUCUCUCUCUCCACACCUUACUCUGUUUCACUCUCUCUCUCCACACCUUACUCUGUUUCACUCUCUCUCUCCACACCUUACUCUGUUUCACUCUCUCUCUCCACACCUUACUCUGUUUCACUCUCUCUCUCCACACCUUACUCUGUUUCCUCUCUCUCUCUCACCUCUCUGUUUCCUCUCUCUCUCCACCUCUGUUUCCUCUCUCUCUCUCCCACCUUACUCUGUUUCACUCUCUCUCUCUCUCUCUCCACACCUUACUCUGUUUCACUCUCUCUCUCUCCCCCACCUUACUCUGUUUCUCUCUCUCUCUCUCCACCUUACUCUGUUUCACUCUCUCUCUCCCCCCACCUUACUCUGUUUCCUCUCUCUCUCCCCCACCCUCUGUUCUCUCUCUCUCUCCACCUUACUCUGUUUCUCUCUCUCCACCUUACUCUGUUUCUCUCUCUCUCCACCUUACUCUGUUUCUCUCUCUCUCCACCUUACUCUGUUUUCUCUCUCUCUCUCCCACCUUACUCUGUUUCUCUCUCUCUCCACCUUACUCUGUUUCUCUCUCUCUCUCCACCUUCUCUGUUUCUCUCUCUCUCCACCUUACUCUGUUUCUCUCUCUCUCUCCACCUUACUCUGUUUCUCUCUCUCUCUCUCCACCUUACUCUGUUUCUCUCUCUCUCUCUCCACCUUACUCUGUUUCUCUCUCUCUCUCUCCACCUUACUCUGUUUCUCUCUCUCUCUCUCCACCUUACUCUGUUUCUCUCUCUCUCUCUCCACCUUACUCUGUUUCUCUCUCUCUCUCUCCACCUUACUCUGUUUCCCUCUCCUUCUUUCUACACUCUGUUUCUCUGUUUCUCUCCCUUGAUGUUUUACUCUGUUACUAUCUUAUCAUUUUCUUUCUUCAUUAAGUCGUCUUCGCUUUUUGUUGCACAUCCUUUGAUCAAUAAGCACACACCUAAUGAAGAUCCAUUUCCUUUACUUGAUGUCACUGCAUCUAUACACUCUGGAAUGAACCAUGAAUUUCAACCUCUAUCCAUUACUCCUCCAUGCCUCCACCCUGGUAGGGUAGUGGUACGAUAUUUGACAACUCAUUUAAGUUCAUUUUUUUCUUUCUUCCUCUUUCCUCUCCCUCUCUUUUCUUUCUUCCUCUUUCCUCUCCCUCUCUUUUCUUUCUUCCUCUUUCCUCUCCCUCUCUUUUCUUUCUUCCUCUUUCCUCUCCCUCUCUUUUCUUUCUUCCUCUUUCCUCUCCCUCUCUUUUCUUUCUUCCUCUUUCCUCUCCCUCUCUUUCUUCCUCUUUCCUCUCCCUCUCUUUCUUCCUCUUUCCUCUCCCUCUCUUUCUUUCUCUCCCUCUCUUUCUUUCUCUCCCUCUCUUUCUUUCUCUCCCUCUCUUUCUUUCUCUCCCUCUCUUUCUUUCUCUUUCUCUUUCUUUCUCUUUUCUCUCUUUCUUUCUCUUUUCUCUCUUUCUUUCUCUUUUCUCUCUUUCUUUCUCUUUCCUCUCCCUCUCUCUCUUUCUUUCUCUUUUCUCUCUUUCUUUCUCUUUCCUCUCACUCUCUUUUCUUCACCUCUCUCUCUUAUCUUUCUUCCUUUUCCUCUCUCUCACUUUUCUUCCUCUUCCCCUCUCUCUUCUUCCUCCCUCUUUUUCUUUUUUCUCCUUCUUUCUUUUUUCUUCCUCUCUCUCUUUAUUGUCAUACUUUCUCCUAG